CGCGCAGGCGCGGCCCUGGGCGCGGGAUGGCGGCGGUGGCGGGGGCCGUGCCGGUGCCGGUGCCGGUGCCCGUGCCCGUGCCGGGCGCGGAGGCGGCGGGACCGGGGGAGGAGGCGGCGGGUGCGGGGCCGCCGGGGCCGGCCCGCCUGGCCCGGCUACCGCUGGCGCGGGUGAAGGCGCUGGUGAAGGCGGACCCGGACGUCAGCCUGGCCAGCCAGGAGGCCGUCUUCGUCCUGGCGCGGGCCACGGAGUUGUUUGUUGAAACCAUAGCCAAAGAUGCUUACGUGUACGCUCAGCAAGGGAAAAGGAAAACUCUGCAGAGAAAAGACCUGGAUAAUGCCAUUGAAGCUAUCGAUGAAUUCGCUUUUUUGGAAGGUACUUUGGACUGAGCUGGACAGAGACAGAGCUCUCUGGAGAAAGAGACUGCAGAGAUGGACAUGGGGUGGAAAACAGGACCUUGAGAGUUUGAAUAUAGUUCCUAAAAUUGAGACACUGAAAUGGCAACCAUAAUAUUUUGUAUAAAGUUUAAGUUGUUGUAAGUUCUUUAUUUAAAAUGCAUAUUUUUUCAUAAAUAUUUUCUAUGUCACUUAACUGUGCCCUGCCGCCAUGGUGCAGACCGCUCUCCAGCUUUGGCCAGGUCACACAGCAGUUGCUCAGAGUCACAGUCCCUGCCUCUCCAGGUACUCUGCAGCACCACAGAGCUGUGAAUGGAGAGUGGCUCGGCUCAGAUGCCCAGGCAUGGUGAAUUAUUUUUAUGGAAAUGUGUUUUUCUUUGUAUAUGUUUGUUUCUUGGCUGAACACAAUUAAAUUUUUUUGUUGUUGUUGAA